AUGCCCCUUUCAGACGAGACCAAGGACCGAUACAACGCCGUUCUCGGCAUCGCGAAGGCUGUGUUCAGCGUCGGUUGGAUCCCCUUCAUCAUCUACGUCGGCUACAAGAACUCUACCCCCCAGCCUUCCCUCAUCAAGUUGGUCAAGAUCAAUGUCCCAUGUCAAACUCAAACUGACCACCUUUCUCUCAGGCUCAUCACCCCAUUAGCGUAA